GGGGCUUAGAAUACAGCCUCGGUAUCCCCUGCCUGUCGUAAGAGGCGACUAAAAGGGGGACGUAAUAGAGCGGGCAAGACAGUAUGAUGUAAAAGUACCUGUAAGCGAAUGAAAUAAUUGUAACAUCGAUGAUGAGAAACAGAAGCAAAAGUAUGGCGAAUAUAUAUGAGAUGAGAUUUUAAAAAGGCGCGCUUGCGCGCGGAGGAGCGUUCGUUCCGAAAUAAUGCCACCCUCAAAAGAGGGAAAUUUAUCAAUCAAUCAGGUCCGUAUACAGAGAGCGCCACCGGUGCAUUGGGGCCCCGAAUGUAUACAAAUGGAUACUUUUGCUUAAGGUUAUGCACGUGUGUACGUUUAACAAUUGAUUCAAUAUUUAAGGAAAUAUGGUUAAAAUAUAUGCAUAAAUUAUAAUAUCGAAACGAUUUUAAGAAACCUUUUGUAACAUUUAAUUGUGCAUACAAAAACAAAGACAAAAUGGCAAAAUCACGAGUUACAUCGAAACCUCCUCGAAAGGAGGGAUUCAAUCGUUCAGGGCAUAGUAUGAACCCUGAACGUCCCACAGAAGGAUUAAAAGGUGUAGCUAAAGUUCGAACUAAAGCAACAAUCAAAAGGUUGCAAAUGUAUCGUAAUCAAAAACCGAAACGCGACCGCACAGGUAAAAUAAUUAGUCCAGCACCAUUCCAAGGCUGGCAACCAUCUGGUACUAUGUCUCGCGUAGAACCUUCACAAAGAUGGUUCGGUAAUUCGAGAGUAAUUUCUCAAAAUGCUUUACAAAAAUUUCAAGAUGAAUUAGGGAAAGCUAUGAAGGAUCCAUAUAAUGUUAUUAUGAAACCUACUCAGAUGCCAACAACUCUGCUUCAACAGAAAGCUGCAAAUGCAAGAGUGCAUUUAUUAGAUACAGAAAGUUUUGAAAGUGUGUUUGGUCCAAAAAAAUUAAGGAAAAAACCGAAUUUACCAAUAUCCUCAUAUGAUGAACUACAAAAAUUAGCAGAGCAAAAGGAAGAAACAUACAACAUAGAAAAAGAUUCUAAAGAUCUUGAUCUUGUAAGACCAGAUACAGGUGUAAAAGAUAUGCAGAGGGACUGGAUCAUGUCAGCAGGGCAAAGUAAAAGAAUUUGGAAUGAAUUAUAUAAAGUUAUAGAUUCCUCUGAUGUUGUUUUACAAGUGUUGGAUGCUAGGGAUCCUAUAGGUACUAGAUCUCCACCCAUAGAGAAAUAUUUGAAAACAGAGAAGCCUCACAAACAUUUAAUGUUCAUUUUAAAUAAGGUAGAUCUUGUUCCAACAUGGGUUACACAAAGAUGGGUUGCAAUUUUAAGUUCAGAAUAUCCAACAGUAGCAUUUCAUGCCUCAAUGACACAUCCAUUUGGUAAAGGUUCUUUAAUUAAUUUAUUACGUCAAUUUGCAAAAUUACAUAUGGAUAAGAAACAAAUCAGUGUAGGCUUUAUAGGAUAUCCUAAUACCGGGAAAAGUUCAGUUAUAAAUACUUUAAGAUCGAAAAAAGUAUGUAAAGUUGCACCAAUCGCGGGUGAAACGAAAGUAUGGCAGUAUAUUACUUUGAUGCGUCGUAUUUACUUAAUAGACUGUCCAGGUGUAGUUUAUCCAUCAUCAGAAACUGAUACAGAAAAAGUUUUGAAGGGUGUAGUUAGGGUAGAACUUGUUAAAAAUCCUGAAGAUUACGUUGAAGAAGUAUUAUCCCGCGUAAAACCAGAUUAUAUACGUAAAACUUAUAAGAUUGACGAAUGGAACGAUCACAUCGAUUUUUUGGAAAAGUUAGCACGUAGAACUGGGAAAUUGUUAAAAAAAGCAGAACCAGAUAUUACCAUUGCUUCACGAAUGGUUUUAAAUGAUUGGCAACGCGGUAAAUUACCAUUUUAUAUUCCUCCUCCUGGUUUUGAAGAACCAUUAACAAGAGUAGAAACUAAUGAAUCUUCUGUUGAAAAUAAUAAUACUGAACAAGAAAAUGAUGUUGGCACAGAUGAAACUGAAACUGUACCAAACAAAGAACCAGCCAAACUUGAAUUGUCUGUAAUACAAGAUUUUCGAAAAAUAAGAGUUGGUUUAUCAUAUUCCGGUGACGAUAUUCGAAAUGUAUUACCCGUUGAAGACAAUAAAUCUGUAAAUAACAAUGAAAGUGAAAACGGUAUUGAAAUUAGUUCUAUUUCAUCAGACAUAGAUGACAACGAUAUGAAUGAAAUUCAAGAUGAUCAAAAUGUAUCCAUUGAAGAAACAUUGUUAGUAGAAAAUAAAGAAAAUGGCGAAUGUAAUAAAAAUAUUGAAAAUGAUGAAAAUGAUAAUGAGGCAAAUAAUGAAUAUUCUGAUGAUGAAAUUCAUCUACCAUUAGAGAAAGAUACUUUGCUGCAAAGUGCAUAUGAUAUAAGAGAAGAAGAAUAUGAUUCUAGCGAUAGUGAAAUGUUAGAUAAAAAUACUGUAUCUAGUAGUGGUACAUUUAAAAUUUCUGCUGUAUCUGGUAAAGUGGAACAUUCAAUAGGAAAAGUAGGAAGGACCUUAACAAGUAAACAAAAACGAGCUUUAGAAAGAGCCAGUAAAAGAAAGAAAGUUGGUAGUAAUUUUUAUGAAGUUACUAAUGUGAAAAAUAGAAAUAGAAAUAGAAAGGUUCCAAAAAUUAAACGAACAUAAUUUGUACAUGAAUAGGAUAAGAAAUUAUUAAUGUAUUAUAAUGAACUUGUUAAUCUACUUGGUAUUAAAAAUUACAUAUUUAUAUUAAA